UUCGUUGCUUCCCUUUUUCCUAUUUGGAAAAGGAAAAUAUUUGCCUUAUUAUAAGACAAGAGCAGAGAGGACACAAAUAAAGAUAAGAAGAUUAGGAUUAUACUUUGAAACGUGAUAAUGAGAACUAGACAUGGCAGCAAAAGGACAAAGAUAGAGAAGGAGUCUCGAGUAAGUCAAGUAACGUCGGAGACAAGAAGAGAUUGCCUGUGAAGUCCGUAGCUAAGUUUCUCGUUGUAUCCAAGUUAUUGGCAACAAUUAUCCGCAGUCGAUAUUUCAUUAGAUCGUUUCCCUUUAGGUCUUCGCUUCAGCCACAUAUACUCUUUGCAUUCAAAUAUUUAGAUAACCAAAACGGACGCCAGAUUUGUAACUUCUUCACGUAUUCCUCGACAUCAACCAAGAAUCUACCGUAUUAUUUAUCUCUUAGUGCGACAUGCUCAAUCCCGAGUCCGUAUUGCCGCAGGAUCAAUAAUGUUCCUUAUUACGUUAAUGGUUUGAUAAGUCUUGGAUGUGGACGAGAACAAUUUAUAUGCAACCCUAGCACAAGUAAGUACAUACCUUUACCCAAAGUGAAAUCAAGAAAAAAGAUUAUCCAAAACUUUUUCGGGUAUGAUCCAGUCAAUGGUGAGUAUAAAUUAAGUAUUGUGCAUGUCGGAAAAAGUGAAUGAUUACUGGGAUGGUCCAUCUUUUGAACAUCAAGUAUUCACAUUGGGAGGAGUUGAUAGAUCAUGGAGAAUGAUUGAAUGCAAUAACAAUCUUCUUCAUCGUCCCAAAACUAACGGUGAGUGCAUCAAUGGGACAAUGUUGUUGCAAGGAGAAAAGUAAACAUUUCUGCUUCGUUUUCUUCUCGUAUACUAUAUGUCAACUUUGUGUUUUAUAGAUUCCUUUUUUUUCCGGAUUGGUUGCAUAACCCCUACUUUGAAUUAUAAAUUUAAGUUGACCAAAAAAGGCCAGCUAGAUAGAUCUUGUGUUAUUAUGGAUAUAUUCACUCGCAUCCAAAGUCAAAGUGAAUAUUCCACAACCAUAUAUAAGAGAAGUUGUUUUCCAAAAUUUUAACUUGGAGGCACGUUAAUUUAAUUCGUUUUAACUACCAAAACUUGGAUUAUUAAUUUCACUAUAAGAUUCAAUGAAUACUAAACUAACAAACAUUGCUAUAUAAUAUUAACAUAUGCAUCUAUUUCUAUUAUCAGGUUUCCAAAUCAAAUGAUUUAAGUUUGUUACAACAAGACGUGCACACUCAUUGAUCAUUUUACUACAAUUAUGUGACGACGUGAGUGCAUGUCCAGAUGUCCCUAUCAAAACAUCUACAAAAGCUUGUACACAAAAGAGAAUCCAAAAAACAACCAAACAAGAAAAUGCCUGUCUCCGUCUCAAAGUUGAGACGACCAAGAACGUCCAAAAAGACCGAAACCGGAAAUCCCGAAAAAACACUUAAAGAUCCUCGUACUUGCUGUAAUAACCUUUUUUCGAUCUUUUCCGCCAGAUCAUUUCUUUAUCGUGUACCUCUCACGAUUCUCUUUCUUUUCUUGAUUUAUCUUUGGUCCACUUCCACGACCGUUAUCUCUGGUAACGUCGUUCAUAUAUGCAUCUCUUCGCGGAAGCUCACUGACCUUUAUUGCCUCACUGCCGGUUCUCAGCCCGCUUUACGUGCACCAGUCAACAAUUUCACUGCGCCGGCUAGUGAAGAUGUGGUAACAAGUAAAGAAGAGAAGAAUGUUUUUGUUCUUGGUAAAGACGGAGACAAGGGUUUCGCAGAAAAUGAAACCUUCGAGGGAGGAAAAGAUUCAGACAAAUCUACGGUCGGAGAAAACCUCACCAUCAAUAAGAACGAAACUUUCACAGGAGAAACCUCCGGAGAAAGAGUUUCCAUUCUUAAUCAAGAUGCUAAACCCAUCCAUGAAAAGAAUCUUGAUUCCGUUCUUGAUCAAGAUUCUUUACCCAAAAACGAGAUUGAUCAAGAUUUCAUCAUUGAUUGGGAUCCAGAAACUGGCGAAGAACGAUACCGAUAUUUCAAAGCGAAGACCGAAGACGAGGAGACCGGUCUAAAAUCUACGGAAGAGUAUAUUCAAAUACAGAGAACUUGGUUAUCGAUGGGAAACAACCGCAAAAAGCCGGGAUCUUGCGAAGGAAAAGGUGUAUACGUUUACGAUUUACCAUCUAAAUUCAACAAAGAUUUGUUGAGGGAAUGCUCCGAUAUGGUUCCAUGGGCUGAUUUUUGCAACUACUUCAAGAACGAUGCGUUUGGUGAACUGAUGGAGAGUAUGGGUAAAGGCUGGUUCAGAACGCAUCAGUAUUCACUUGAGCCGAUAUUUCACUCUAGAAUUUUGAAGCAUCCAUGUAGGGUUCAUAACGAGACUCAAGCGAAGCUCUUCUAUGUGCCUUUCUAUGGCGGUAUGGAUGUUUUGAGAUGGCAUUUCAAGAACGUUUCAAGCGAUGUGAAAGAUGUUUUGCCGAUUGAGAUUGUUAAAUGGCUCGGAUCGAAGAAAUCAUGGAGGAAAAACUCCGGAAAAGAUCAUGUUUUUGUUCUCGGAAAGAUCUCUUGGGAUUUUAGGAGGGUUGAUAAGUAUUCUUGGGGCUCAAGCUUACUUGAGAUGCAAGAAAUGAAAAACCCUACAAAGCUUCUCAUCGAACGUAAUCCAUGGGAAGUCAACGACAUCGCGAUACCUCAUCCCACAUACUUCCACCCGAAAACUGACACCGAUAUCGCCAUAUGGCAAAACAAAAUACUUGGGAAACCUCGUCGGAGCCUAAUUAGCUUCGCUGGUGCAGCAAGACCCGGUAACCCUGAGAGCAUCCGGUCAAUAUUGAUUGACCAAUGCAGAUCGUCUCCAAACCAAUGCCGGUUUUUGAAUUGUACCGAUGGAGGCUGCGAUAAAUCGGAAUCGGUUAUCGAGCUUUUCCGAGAUUCGGAGUUCUGCCUUCAACCGCCUGGAGACAGUCCAACAAGGAAAUCGAUUUUCGAUUCCCUCAUAUUAGGUUGUAUUCCGGUGAUAUUUGAUCCGUACAGCGCGUAUUACCAGUACACGUGGCAUUUACCGGAGGAUCACCGGAGAUAUUCGGUGUAUAUAAACAAAGAAGAUGUGAAGUUGAAGAGAGUGAAUGUGAUUGAGAAGUUAAUGUCAAAGACUCUAAGGGAAAGAGAGGACAUGAGGAGUUACAUUGUUCAUGAGCUUUUGCCUGGUUUGGUCUAUGGAGAUUCUAAUGCUAAGUUUGAGAGAUUUCGAGAUGCUUUCGAUAUUACUAUGGAUAGUUUAUUCAAGAAGAUUGCAAAAACUGUAUAACUUUCGUUUUUCGUUUGAUUUUAAUUGUCAAAUUUUCAAAUGUAGUUCGUUU